GAUCGGUCGUUUCACCAAAUUACGGGACACUGAAAAAUUCGUGCCCUAAAUACAGGACAUCUGGGCACCCUACUACUAGUCUUUAUUGCACACCUCAGUAAAAGAAAAUGGUACAAAUCAACUUAAAAGUAGAGUACCGUGAAUACUGAAAAAUGGCGAAGUCGAAAAACCACACAAAUCAUAACCAAAACCGCAAGGCCCACAGGAAUGGGAUCAAGAAGCCUAAGAAGUUCAGGCACGAAUCUACCCUUGGAAUGGACCCUAAAUUCCUGAGGAACCAGAGGUUCUGUCUGAAGGGUAACCUGAAGCCUGCCAAGCAGAUCGCGAGGGCAGCCGAGAAGAAGGCCACGAGGGAAGCCAAGGCCAAGAAAUGAAAUUCUAGCUUAUAAGAUAAUAAACACCUAAAAAAUAA